GAGAAGGGGACGGGACGUAGGAGAGCUCGUUAUUGGAGCCCUUUAGCAGGGACCCUAUCCAUUUUGGCUUCCUCAACUAAUCGACCAAUUAUUGUUCUCUGUGCUCAGGCUGGAGAUUGUGAUUAAGAAACACCGAAACCGAAACACCAACCCGUUUCCCCCUCUUUUACUAGUUUAGGCUCAACCGGGUGGGGAGAGAGGGACGCAUCCGGGGCCAGAGAUAUCAGGGAAAGAAGGUGGGAUGACGUAAGAUCACGUGACUGCCGGCGGCGUUGUCAACAAUCCACGCCUAAGGGGGAGGGGACGAAGUAUCUAGAACCACGUGUCCCUAUGACGCGAUUAGAACGGAUCACGUGAGAGCGUCGCCUGGAUCCGAGUUUCCUCCAGGUCUUUGAACCGGAAGAAGCUGGGCUUGAAAAUGGAGAUGUAUGAAACCCUUGGAAAAGUGGGAGAGGGAAGUUAUGGAACAGUCAUGAAGUGUAAACAUAAGGAUACUGGGCAGAUAGUGGCCAUUAAGAUAUUUUAUGAGAAACCAGAAAAGUCUGUCAACAAAAUUGCAACGAGAGAAAUAAAGUUGCUAAAGCAAUUUCAUCAUGAAAACCUGGUCAAUCUGAUUGAAGUUUUUAGACAGAAAAAGAAAAUUCAUUUGGUGUUUGAAUUUAUUGACCACACAGUAUUAGAUGAGUUACAACAUUAUUGUCAUGGACUAGAGAGUAAACGACUUAGAAAAUACCUCUUCCAGAUUCUUCGAGCAAUUGCAUAUCUUCACAAUAAUAAUAUCAUUCAUCGAGAUAUAAAACCUGAGAAUAUUUUAGUAUCCCAGUCCGGAAUUACUAAACUCUGUGAUUUUGGUUUUGCACGAACGCUAGCAGCUCCUGGAGACAUUUAUACGGACUAUGUGGCCACACGCUGGUAUAGAGCUCCAGAAUUAGUAUUAAAAGAUACAUCUUAUGGAAAACCUGUGGAUAUCUGGGCUUUGGGCUGUAUGAUUAUUGAGAUGGCCACUGGAAAUCCCUAUCUUCCUAGCAGCUCUGAUUUGGAUUUACUUCAUAAAAUUGUUUUAAAAGUAGGCAAUUUGACACCUCACUUGCAGAAUAUCUUUUCCAAGAAUCCCAUUUUUGCUGGGGUGGUCCUUCCUCAAGUUCAACACCCCAAAAAUGCAAGAAAAAAAUACCCAAAGCUAAAUGGAUUGUUGGCAGAUAUUGUUCAUGCUUGUUUACAAAUUGAUUCUGCUGAGAGGAUAUCAUCUACUGAUCUUUUACAUCAUGAGUAUUUUACUAGAGAUGGAUUUAUUGAAAAAUUCAUACCAGAACUGAGAGCUAAAUUGCUACAAGAAGCAAAAGUCAAAUCAUUCAUAAAGCCAAAAGAGAAUUCUAAAGAAAAUGAAUUUAUGAAAGAUGAUAGAAAAACAAUUUAUACUAAUACACUGCUAAGUACUUCAGUUUUGGGAAAGGAAAUGGAAAAAGAGAAAAAGCCCAAGGAGAUCAAAGUCAGAGUUAUUAAAGUUAAAGGAGGAAAAGGAGAUAUCUUAGAACCAGAAAAGAUAGAGUGUGAAGGUCGACAUUGUCAACAGGAUGCAGUUGAAAUUGCUCAUACUAUGUCUCAAGAUAUAAAACCUGUAAUCAGUGAACCACCAAACCCUGUCAAUCCCAGCCCUAACUCUAUGGGCAUGAAAGACGAUCCACAUGCUGGAAGUAGUAUGGUGAUGCCACCCAUCAAUCUAACUAGCAGGAAUUUGAUGGCUUCAAAUCCUAAUUCAAAUCUCUCCCACUACAAUUCAAGGUUAACUGAAAGAGCAAAAAAGAGACGUACUUCUUCACAAUCUAUUGGACAAGUUAUAUCUAAUAGGCAUGAGGAUGCAGGUCCCACUCAAAGCCAAAUGGAGAAGGGUGUGUUUAAUGAGCGAACAGGUCAAAGUGACCAAAUGGCAAAUGGAAACAAAAGGAAGCUGAAUUUUUCCAGAACUAACAGGAAAGAAUUCCAUUUCCCAGAAUUGCCUUUCACAAUACAGUCAAAGGAGAUGAAAGGAAUGGAAGUUAAACAGAUAAAAGUGCCGAAGAGGGAAUCAAAGAAAACAGAUUCAUCUAAAAUACCAACUUUACUUAAUGCAGAUCAAUAUCAAGAAAAACAAGAGGGUGGAGAUGGCCAUUGUAAGGGGAAGAAUUUGAAGAGGAACAGAUUUUUUUCUGGUAGUGUCUUUUAAAUCUUAAAAAUACAAAUUGACAAGUCUUCCCUUUUAAUUUUAUGUACAAUAGAAAUGUAACAUGAGCUGUUAAGACAGCAAUUCGUUGGUAUCAUCAUCCAACUUUGUUUUGCUAGCAAACCAUUCACUGUUUUCUUCUUUCUUUCUUCUAAGAAUUCUGCUGAUGUGAUAUCUUGAUUUGGAAUUAAAAAGUCGUCUACUCUCUGCCUGCUUCUUUACUUGCUGUGAUUACUGAGUAGGUAACACGUCCUGUCACAUGACACACACCGUAUUUAUACUGAUCUCUGCCCUCUGCUAGUCACAUAGCCUAAGUGUCAGUUAUUUCCUAGAAUGCUCAGGCUUCCUGAAGUGAGUUCUCAAUGAAAUAUCUGACAUUUUUCUAAAAGCAGUUCAUUACUAUUACAUGAUUACAUAGCUGACUAACAUGUUCUGUUAUAAUAUUUAUAACAUAAUAUUUAUAAAGUAUCAGAAAAUUAUAUGGUGUUUAAAUAUUAAUUUUUUUUAUCCCUUUCAACAACUGCCAGCACUCUUCCAGUUUCCUAGUUCAGUCUGAUAGUGCCUUUUAUGUGGUACAAACUUUUUCUAUUUAUGUAUGACCCAGAAGAGGUAUACUACCAAAAUUCUUGAUUGUCAUAUUUUUCAAAAAACAAUAA